GGUAUUGUCAUUUCUUCCAUGGGAUGGAUGGGCAAACCCUUUUUGCCUCUACAUCGGCUGCAUCGUCACGCGACAUCUUCCCUCCAUUGCCAGCAGGCCGGCAUAGUAUCAUGACACCCUCAAUGCGCCGAUCUUGGGCUCCAGAAUCUAUGCACUUAAAAAGAUAAGGUAGACGAGCAGCAUCGGAGGCACGAAAGGGAUAUGGCAUAGCAUGCCAUGCCACUCGUAUCUUCCUCCCUCAGCUCCCUUGCAAAAGAGAAGCCAUGCAUCUCAUCCCGCCGCAUAUUUAUGUUCGGCUGUUGGUCCCGGUAGCCUAAUUAUACUGUGUUCUGUGUACUGUGUGCACUGUGUACCAUGUCUGCAACAGCUGGCCUCGGCCCUACUGAUAAUAGAAGACGAAUACCUGCAUUUGAUCCCGCUGCCCCCUUUGCAGACUGCCUUGCGUUAUGUCUCCGCAAGACCAUUUCACUUAUAUUCCCCAACGGGAAAUAAUGGAGACCCUUCAAUCUUCAACCUUACGGGUAGCUCUAUGCAAAGCAAGACCAGUUCUAUCCAUAUCUGCCCCGUCAACCUAACAGACCUAACUCCUCGCGAAUAGAAUCAGCAUAACAUCAUCACCGACUUGUAGUCCUUCCGCAAAGAGCAGGGCUUCAGCACGGGCAUCAUGGUAACCAUCGCGGGAGACCAGUACCUGGGAAUCUGGAAUGAA